GAAGUGUGCCAACAUUUCCCGCCAAGUUUAACCAGGGAACGGGGAUAGGGGACUUUCAACGUGUUUGCCUUGUCCCAUUUUACAUCAUUUUUCAGCCUUCUUUUGAAAGUUUCAUCAAAUAUUUAGUAUGAUUGGAGAAAACGCCCGAGACAGUGGGGUUGGAUCAAAAAAGAGGUCCUUAACUUCCCCCGGAAUGGCUACCACAUCUGAAAAGGUCCUCUUGAGCCCUCCAACAAAAAGGCUGAAACAAGCUCGACUUCCCUUCACUCCAAUUUCAUCCCCAUCCCCAAACCAGUGUGACAAGUCGUCAGUUACUGAUCCUCUGCCGUCAAAGAAACGGAAGUUGUCAGGCACCGAUAAGUCCCCGGCUACUAAAUUGAAGGGUAGCGAUGUCAAGUUGAGUGCCAAGAAGCCAGCAGAGAACCCCACCAAAAAAUUCUUUGCCAAGAAGGUGUCUGCCGCCCCCGUGACCCCCAAGAAUUCGCGGGCUGAAACGAUCGACUUGGACCCAGAGGUGACUUCCAGCUGUGAAGACACGGAAUCUGGCAAGCAGACCUCAUCUUCUGCCACUCCGAAGAGGUCGCAGUCCUCCAGACCCAAGUCUCUGGAUAGCUUUCUUCAGACAACUCAGCAGCCCCAGGUGUCAACCUCUGACGAUGUCAUUGAUAUCUUGGACCAUGAAGAUGAAGAUCUGUCCAGUGGCAUCAAGGAAUCACUGGAUGAGAUCGGCAAUGGUAAAACCUCGUCUGUAGAGGUUACUGCUGCAGAUACUGAACCUGCCCCGAUGGAAAGUAGCCAACUGGCAGUUGAGAUCCAGACACCGGCUUCACCUCUGGCAAAAGCUGUUACAUCCGAUGGCAUCAGGGAAUCAGAUGAGAAGUUAGACGGCAAAACCUCCUCUGCAGAGAUCAAGACCUCAGGUGUUGCCUCUUCCCAGCUGGAAAGCAGGUGUCCAGAAGCCUCAAGUGAGACGACGUCACCCCCUGCAUCUCAGAGCCACACAGCGUCUGAGGAUAAAGAUGCAGAGACACAAGAAGUCUGGUCUGAGCUGGAUGUCAGCAUGACGUCCUCUCACAAUGACACCAUUGCUGCGGGUAAGCUCAGCUACGAUGCUGACUUAGAGGAUGGGGAUAACGACGAAGACGAGAAUGAACCAAGAACCAUCAAGUCAUCUGAAGCAUCAAGUGAGGCAGAGAGCUCUACUGGUGGACCAGCACCUAAAGGAAGUCCCUUGAUGCCUGGAGGAGUUGGAAAGGCCCUCAAAAAGACUCCUCUGUCUGCCAAAGCUUUAAAGAAAUUGAAAGAAAAGGAACAGCUUAGAGAAGAAAAGAUGAGACUGCGCAUGGAGAAGAAACGCAAGUUGGAGGAAGAGGAGGCUGAGAGGAAACGACUGAAGCUGGAGCUGAAGCGAAAAAAGGAGCAAGAACGAGAAGAAGUCAGGAGGCAGAAGCAGGCGGAGAAAGACGUCAAGCAGAAAGAGAAGCAACUGAAGAAGGAGCAAGAAGAGAAAGAGAAAGAAGAUAAAAGGAUGGCCAAGGAAGAGGAACGAAAGAAGAAGCAGGAGAUAAUAGAUGCUAAGAUGGAAGAGAAACGCAAGAAGACUGAGGAACGGCAACGAGUUGAAGAGGAAAAACAAAAAUUGGAGGAGGAAAAGCGUGAGAAGCAGGCAAAGCAGAAGAAUAUGUUCAAGAGUUUCUUCAAGGAGGCAGCCGUGCCAGCCAAGAAACCCCAGGAGAAAUCCUGCGGUUGGUUCGCUCCCUUUCAAGUCAAGGAAGACAUGGUCCUGGCUCCCCUGCUUCGUUGCUGCAAGCCACCCACCGCCUUGGAGGAAUUUGAUGCUGCCCGUCAAAAUCAGAAUUCCAACUUGCUGUAUCUGGAUGAAUUGAAACGAGAGACCUACGUAGCAGGAAGGACUGGACGGACUCCACACAGUGCGAGUGAAGAGACAGAGAGCAGUAGGCAGACAGCGAUGCCAUCAGUUGGGACCUCACAGCAGGAUGGUGAAUCACAGGACGUGAUAGUGGUAUCAGAGAUGCCCGCUGAACCAGCCAAGAAGCUCACCAGAAUGAAAUGUAAGCUACUUCAAUUCCACGAGAACUACCGACCACCGUACUACGGCACUUGGAGAAAGAAAAGUGAAAUGAUCAACCCUCGCAACUACCUCAAGAAAGACGAAGAUAUGUUAGAUUACGAAGUGGACAGUGACGAGGAGUGGGAGGAACCCGGUGAAAGUUUGUCACACUCAGAGGGAGAGGAUGAUGGCGAAGACGUUGAUGAUGGUGGGGAUUCUGACGAUGGCUUCUUUGUACCUCACGGCUAUCUUUCCGAAGAUGAAGGAUGCGAAGAUGAGGAGGAAAUUGAGAGCUGGAAAGAGAAAAGAGCUGCCAAGGCCAAGUCCUGGGAGAUAGAACUCAAACGGCAGCAGGGAGUCCUCAAGCCCAUCCUGAUUGGCUGCGUCUGGGUUAAUGACUCCACACCUUCAACCACUAAAACGCUGGAUACAUACAAGAUCAUCGCCUUGGCGACCGUUCCUAUAGAUACCGGAUCCAAGAAGGAGGUUCAGGCAUCCACUGAGGCUCACACGAAGGAAGAGACGUCCAAGACAUCAGCACAACCCAAGGCGUCAGGAAAUGAAGGUGUCUCUCUGAAAAGACCCGUACCGGCCGAAGCUAUGCCUGACCUGAUCCGCCUCGUCCAUGGCAACACUGCUGGUAUCAAGACACUACAGCGGGAAUUUCGAGAGUACUGGCGGCUAAAGGAGCUGAGUAAGAGACCUGGUCAUGCCAGUCCGAGACCAGAGACGCCCUCUGUGAUAACCGAAGCUGGCCAAUCGGUGAAGAGCUCUCCAGACGUAGCUCAAGGGACCAAUUCACCUCUUCUCGGAGUAACAAGUAACAAUGUCCAGCAAACAUCUGUUGUGAAUGAUGCCAGCUCAGUCACUGUGCCUCUGGACGGUGUAGAGACACCCAUCAAGGAUUCCACGCCCCGCAGCAAGGAAUGGACUCCUGAAAUUAGUAGUGUUACCCAGUCAUCCCCAGCUAACCCUACCAGCGACGCUGUGGAAUGCUCCAUCUCCAAACGCCAGCUGUUGAUCACCAUCGGUGCAAUCGCAGUGCGUGAGCGGCGGCCUGUGUUCCCUCGCACCUGCUGGUACGUUCACCAGCAUCUGCUGGAGAAGUAUAACUUACAGGACCUGACCAUCCCUAGCCAGUGGCAGAGCAUUACUAAGCCACCCAAGGCACAACGUGCGGAGAGCCCCCUCAUUGGCCACUCACUGCCAGGGUAUGGAACCCAGACUCCCAGCGGUUACUUGACACCAACACAAGGAAGUUUGCUGACUAAUGUUCAGGAAAACCAGUUGUUGCAUGGAGGCGUGCACCAGCCCAUGCCUCCCCUAAAUGUAUUGAAAUCUUCAACACAAAUGCUGCACUCAUCUGGAAUAACUUCAGCAAAUGGAUUGCUGGGAAGUAUGCCAGUGAGAUUCGCCGUAGCAGGAUCUAACUUGCCGACAGGUGUCAACCUACAACCUUCCAUGCCCCAGCCUGGCGGUGUGGCCUUACCCUUUCAGCUGCAAGCUGCCAACGGCAUGUCCGCCUGUGAAAUCAUGCAGAGGCUAUCUGCGACGGUGCCCAUGCAGCAUGUCCAGGCCCCGCCCACCACCCUACCUGCAUCUCCCGCCCACAUGUUCAACCCCAUCCCAUCCUCAAGCCAGAUGCAUUACUUAAACAUGCUGCCCAAAGUGGAGAUGGUACCCAUCUCACCUGCAGUCGGACUGUCAAUGUCCCAGAUAAACCAAGCUGCUACGGGUCAAGUUAUCAAAGUGCCGCGGACAAGUCCCAAUGACAUCAAGGCCAUGCUGUCUAGCCAAGCCAUUAAACAGCCAUUGUCCACUCCUGAAAUCAUCACCAAACUAGAAUCCAAAGCUACAAACGUGGAAUCACCAUCGUCUGCUCACAGUAGCGAUCUUGAUAAAUCAUCAACUUCUUCUGCAAAGUCUCAAGACGAAUCUGCAGCCCUUCCUCCGGCACAGAAACCCGGCGUCAAAACCCUGAAGAGCUUCUUCAACAUUUCAGUCAAACCCCUACCUAAGCCCCAGACUGAAGUGUCUGAGCCUGUCGGUGAGCCCAAGGAAACAGGCCAACCAAAAGGUGAGGCUGAAAACGAGGAAUGUAGUCAAGAGGAGGAUAUUGUGUGUGACACAGAGAGGCUGACAAAUUGUACUGAUGGGGUUGAAGAAGAAACAGGCCAAGGAAACUGUGAAGAAAUAAAAGUAGUUGAAAGAAUCUGAUAAAUGAUUGGGGUAAUGUAGCUUA